AUGUCUCUUGCACGCCAACUCCUUCAUGACUUCCGUCCUUUCUUUCGCGUACUCGAUGAACCACUUCGUUCUUCCAUCGCUCUCCGGUCUCGCUCUCUGUUUGAUGAGCCAUUCGGACCCUCGUUUCCAUUCGCUCGGCAACUGAUGAGGGGACCUGCUGUCGAUAUCAGCGAGGCUCCAAAUUCGUAUGUUGUUGAAGCGGAGUUGCCUGGAGUCAAGCGGGAGAAUAUUGAGGUUCGCAUUGGCGAUGGUGGUCGCAGCGUGACAAUCGAGGGAAAACUCCUGGACUCUCAGCCCACUGAAAGCACCAAGGAGACCACUCAUAAUGAAGCCACUUCCGUCGAUAAAUCAACACAACUCUCCACAGAGCGCUCGAUUACAGGCACUUUUUCUCGGACCUUGACACUUCCACGUCCCAUUGACCCCAACACUGUGGUUGCCAAGCUCGAGGAUGGGGUCCUGCAGAUCACAUUGAGCAAAGCGGAGGACCAGGCCAGCGUCGUCGUUCCCGUUAACUGA